AUGGCAGUCCAACUGCUGGGAAUACUUCUGGCAACCGUCCUACUAUUGUGCGUGUUUUACGUCAAACGAAAGUACGCCUACUGGGCCGAUCGAAAAGUUCCGUACAUUCGGCCGCGCUUUCCGUACGGAAAUUUCGCAGAAACCGAUCAGAAGGCAUUGGCCGAUAUUUCGGCCGAAUAUUAUGAACGGAUGCGUGCCACAGGAUCACGCUUUUUCGGGUUGUUCUUUUUCCUUCAACCACUGCUCACCAUCACCGACCUGGAUUUGAUAAAGACAAUCCUCAUCAAGGAUUUCAACUACCUGCCGGAUCGCGGCGUCUAUCACAAUGCACGGGACGACCCGCUGAGUGCGCAUCUGUUUGCCAUCGAAGGAAACUAUUGGCGCUCGUUGCGGACUCGGCUGACUCCGACCUUCACCUCGGGUAAAAUGAAAAUGAUGUUUCCAACGCUGCAGGCAGUAGGCGACAGCUUUGCUGAGUUUUUAACGGAAGCAGUAGGCACUGGUACCGAACUGGAGGUUAAGGAUGUCGUAGUGCGAUUUACCGCCGAUAUUAUUGGAAGUUGUGCCUUCGGUAUCGACUGCAACAGUUUCAAGCAACCGAACAGUAAGUUUCGCAAGUUCGGCCAGCAGGUAUUCGACCGGCCGAGGCAUAGGACGUUUAUGCGAUUGUUUUUGCGACUUUUCCCGGAAACCGGGCGAACUUUGCGGAUAAAAUCACUGCGUGAUGAACCAAGCGAAUUUUUCUACAAUAUAGUGAAGGAUACUGUCUCCCAUCGGGAGAAGACUGGAAUUGAAAGAAAGGAUUUUAUGAGUCUGUUGAUUGAGCUGAGAAAAAACGACGAAAUGAAUUUAACGCUGAAUGAGAUUGCGGCACAAGCGUUCAUUUUUUUCGGUGCUGGUUUCGAGACUUCCUCCUCUAAUCAGACUUAUUGUCUGUACGAGCUGGCACAGAACCAAGAGUAUCAGGAAAAAGCAAGGAAUUGCGUGCUUGAAGCGGUGAAAAAACAUGGCGGCUUGACGUAUGAAGCAGCCUGUGACAUGCCGUAUCUCGAUCAGUGCAUCAAUGAAACCCUUCGUCUGUACCCGUCGCUUCCGGUGUUGGAGAGAAAAGCUUUCAAAGACUACCAAAUUCCGGAUUCCAACAUCGUCAUACCGAAAGGUAUGAAAGUACACAUUCCGGCAUUCGCCAUCCAUCGAGACGAACGCUACUACCCGAAUCCGAACCUAUUCGAUCCGGACCGAUUCCUUCCGGAGGUGGUCGCCAACCGUCAUUCGUGUGCAUUUUUGCCCUUUGGAGACGGUCCCAGGAUUUGCAUCGGGAUGCGCUUCGGUAUGAUGCAAUCCCGAGUUGGCCUGGCAACCAUCCUGAGCAGGUUCAAGCUUAGCCUGUGUCCGCGAACCACAGUUCCGCUAGAAUAUUCCAGCGAUUCAACGGUCCUACAACCGAAGGGCGCCCUCUGGUUGCGGCUUGAACCCUUAUAA